AUUUGAGCUUACACAUUAAUAAAAUUCCUUUAAUGACACUGGUUAUGGCAGAUGCUUUUUACAAAUGAGUGCAAUACAUCAACAGAUAAAAUACAAAAUACACUGAGACCUAUUUAUUUUAUUUUAAGGAAUGCCUGCUUAUUCUUCAAAUGUUUUCUCACCUCAUUAACAUAAAAAGAGCAAGUGGACAUUCUUUACAAAUUCAAAUAUUUAUUAUGUAGAGAGAGAGAAAAAGAGUGUUGACUUUGCUUUGAGUGAUUCUAUUUAUAGGAUAACCUUAGUAUAUUUAUUUUGUUGUUGUCUCAGUUUAUACAUUGACAGCAUUGUACAGUUUGAGACGUUUGAAACGUUACUGCUAACCUAGCCUAGCCUGUACACUGACACGGGCUAUUCAUACAGAAUCUCCUCUAAGAGUGUGGGGUGUAUGCGUAUGUGUGUGUAUGUGUGUGUGUGUAUGUGUGUGUGUGUGUGCACGCGUUUGUCUGAGAGUAGGGUGGUUCAGGCAGAUGUGUUUUGGCUAAUACAGUCUGAGAGCAGCCGGGCAGGGCAGGGCUAAUAGACCCAAUGACAUCAUCCAGGGAGAGAGAGAGAGAGAGAGAGAGAGAGAGAGAGAGAGAGAGAGAGAGAGAGAGAGACUGCGAGCAUAGAGUGAGCAUGCCUAAGGCAGUGAAAGGAAGCAGGCCAGCUCAGACACAGAGGAGAGUGGCAUGAGAGUGGGACAGUGUGUGUGCGUGUGUGUGAACGGGAGAGGACCAGACAGCGUUCAGUUGACAAGGAUAUAGGACUCCACCUGGAAGAUUUUCUCUCUAGUUUUCUCCCCGGCUUCCAUUACACCUCUCCCCCCUCCCCUUUCCCCUUUCCCCUUUCCCCUCCUCAUCCUCUGGCAGUUAUCCCCCCCAUCACAGCUCCUGCUUCAGGCGACUCCUCCGGGCAUGCUCCUUAAGCCAAAGUAUGGCCGCUUUCGCAACGAGUCUGUGACCUCCUCUGACGACCUGAUGCAGAGCUUAGCCAUGAGCGGCAAAGUUGUGGCCACACCGGUGGUCCCCUCCUCCACCCCGAGCCUUCCUCUGCCUCCCCUGCCUCCUCUGGAUCCCAGUGCCAGAUCAUCCUCCUCUGCUGGGGCUGCAGCCCUGGCCGACUCCCCUUGCCUGGAUGGGGAUCAAGAUGCCACCACUACCUUCUGCAUGCUCAUCCCUAAGAUGCCCCAGUGGAAGUUCUCUAACUCCCUACUCAGCCGGAGCCCGUCCAACUCCAGCUCCAGCUCUAGCUCUAGCAAGGACUCAGGCAAAACAGCAGCAGCCCCUUCCCAGGCCUCUAUCUCCCAUUCUUCAUCAUCACACCGGUCCAGUGGUGCGACCUCAGCCAGUGGCCCAGUGGCCAGUCUUGCAGCAGUGCUUAACUCCUGUGACCCUGUUUGUGUCACCCCCUGUUCCUUGCAGGCCAUUCGAGGGCAGAGAGCAGUUGCAGCUGCAAACUCUGCCAGUCCAGGGUGCCACGGGUUUGGGGCCACAGAGGCAAUGGCGAGCCCUGGGGUUUCCAGCAGCUCUAGGUCAGGACUGAACCGCAGGACAAGGGUGGAAGGCAUGUGGCCAGGGGGAGAGGACUUCACCCAGAAAGGUAGCUUCAUCCACAAACCCUCUCAAGGCUGGCUGCACCCUGACAAGAAGAUUGCAGGACCAGGGGCCUCUUACAUUGUCAGGUACAUGGGCUGCAUUGAAGUACUGAAGUCAAUGCGCUCCCUGGACUUCAACACGCGGACUCAGGUGACAAGGGAAGCCAUCAACAGGCUGUGUGAAGCAGUGCCAGGCGGAAGGGGAGCUUGGAGGAAGAAGGCCCUGAACAAAGCUCUCCACUCCAUUAUGGGGAACAGUAACUUGCGAUUUGCAGGCAUGAGUAUUGCAGUCAAUAUUUCCAUAGAUGGCCUUGGUCUGCUUAUCCCUACCACACGACAGGUGAUAGCACACCAUCCCAUGCAGUCUAUCUCAUUUGCCUCUGGGGGAGACACAGACACGCCUGAUUAUGUUGCGUAUGUAGCCAAAGACCCAGUGAAUCAGAGAGCAUGUCACAUCCUGGAGUGCUCAGAUGGUUUAGCCCAGGGUGUCAUCAGCACCAUCGGCCAAGCCUUCGAGCUGCAGUUCAAACAGUAUCUACAUAGUCCUCCCAAAACCAUGGCGUCUAUGGAGAGGUCUGUGAGGACAGAAGAGCCGAUGUGGGGGGAAGAUGAGGACUUCGCUGAGCAUGAUUACUACAACAGCAUCCCGGGGAAGGAGCCUCCUGUUGGGGGAGUUGUGGACUCCAGGCUCAGGCCCAGUGGAGCCCUGCUGGGCCACAUUCACACCCAACCACAGAGCAAGACAGCAGCACAGAUGGGCUCUCCAGCAAGGAGGGAGCAAGCGUCUUAUCCCCCUGGUCAGCUGUGCUAUGAACUUCACUGGGACACUGAGACGACCAGCAGCUCAGGUCUGACAUCAGAUGGCUACCUGUGUGCUGAUGGACAGCCACCAGGCAGCAGAGAUUAUGAGGAGCAUCAGUACGUUAACACCCAGACUCUGGAAAACCUGGAUUCACGGGGGCCCGAAGGACACAGAGGGGCCAGGGCACCCGACAGUCCCAAAAAGGACCUCUUUGACAUGAGGCCUUUCGAGGACGCCCUAAAGCUCCACGAGGCCUGUGGUGGAGCUGUUGUUUCCAGUAUGUCUGCUGCAGCUGGAGGUGUCCGGGUUCUGGAGGACCAGUGGCCCAGCCCUCCACGCCGUCGAGCUCCAGUGGCCCCAAAUGAGGAGCAGCUCCGCAGGGAGACGUGGUACCACAGCCGCAUGAGCAGACGGGACGCAGAGAGACUACUGGUCCGAGAUGGAGAUUUCCUGGUCCGGGAGAGCACUACCAACCCAGGACAGUAUGUGCUAACUGGCAUGCACUGUGGCCUUCCCAAACACCUACUGCUGGUGGACCCAGAGGGGGUGGUCCGAACCAAAGACAUGUUAUUUGAGAGCAUUAGCCACCUUAUUUCAUACCACCUGAAGAAUGAGCUGCCUAUUGUGGCAGCAGAGAGUGAGCUCCACCUCAAACAGGUGGUCAGGAGGAAACAGUGAGCCACUUGACCCUGCAUGGGACGCUGAAUUCCUGCACUCCCAUGCAAAAACCACUGAAAAAAACAAUAUGGAAAUCCUCUAUCCCAGAUGGAUAUUUAUCUGGAAUAAAAGAUAUCACUAAUACUUUUUUUUCCAUAAACAAUUUUACUAAGGAGAGUGAGGCAUCUGACAUCCCUGUACUUUCUCUGCCUCCUGCCUACCAGGAUCAACUAAACUAUCUCUCAUCUGUCACAAACUCCUCACCAUGCAGAUAUUAUAAGCUAACAAACCAACCAGAAUCCACAGUUUGACUCAUUUCAGAGCAGGAUUGUCAACUGAUGUCAAUAAUUAAAGCAACGACUGUUUGAAGAGGACCCAACUUCAGGAAAUCAAAUAAGGAUUUGAUGCACAGAGAUGUAACGUCCGACAAUGCCUGUAAUAGUGAAGUGCUUCCAGUAGACCACGGCUUCCCGACCUGUCUGUCUACAGGCCGUCCACCGAACAAUAAUGGACAUCGCCAGAACAAAACUGUCUUAUUAUCUGGUACAGAUACUGUAUUUAAAAAUCAAAAGAUGUCAGGUUAUUCAGUAGCUCAUUUCUGUUUAAAUGGCAGAAAUGAAAAUACUGUGACUAUAAAAGACAAGUGAAGAAAUGUCUGUUUCAUGGGAAUGUAAAGACUGUUUUGUUUGUUGCUACAUGUUGACAGGUCUGCAGUACCUGACUCUGAUUUGGCACAAUGGAAACACACUGGACAUGAUUCAGUGCUGGAUUUAUAAAACAGCCACACAUUCUUCUGCCCUUUUUUUUUUUUGUUUCUCCAUGAUAAUCAAGGUCUUGAAAAAAUCAUGCAUUCAUACUUUCUUCAUAUAGACAGCCAAGUGGACAUAUGUUACAUUGUCUUGAAAAUGGGUAGUUUGAUCACAUUUACCAUUAAUAUCAGUCAUUUGUCUUGUGUUUGUAAGGGCUGUUCAUAAUUUGUUAAAGACAUACUGUUUGUGUUGUAUAAGCCUGUGAACAUUAUUGGCCAGACUGUACUCAAAUCAAUACUAUGUCCUCGGUUAAAACUACUCUGCAUACAAACUCAGUAUAUCCACGCCUGUUUUUCCACAACUUCAGUGCCUUAAUAACUACAGAGACAGGCAUUUGUGUCAGAGUGUAUAUAAUGUAUAAUGCAUUUAUGCUCCUAACGCGAAACAUUAGUUUUCUUGCCAUGCCAACAAAUGACUGAACAAACUUCAGGAUGAUUAAGCUCUUAUUCUUGUGAACAGUCACGUAAGCUGCUCUUGUUAUACUUCUAAUACUGUCUUAAUGUGUCAUGGCUGUCAUUGUCUUUAUGUGCGUCCCUCACAACAAUCCCCUCAGUGAAUCUUUUUGUUCUUAGUGGCAAGCCAUAGAUAGCACUAGUCUACAGUGAUUGAUGUUAAAGACAGGGGAUUUUGACUUGAAAUUAAAUCCUUUAUUUGUCCAAGUUCAGGGGAAUACAUCACUUUAUAGAUUGUCCUUAUCCCACGUCUGAGUCUUUACAUGUCAGUGACUUACUCAUGUAUUUCUGCUCCCUGGCUGCAGUUUUCUACCUAAUUCUUUGAAAUCUUGCUAGAGGUAAGUCAUAUGCUUUUUGCAUUUGUCUCAUUAGCAACAUAUCUUUAAACAGGCCCUCCCCUGUCCUUAGCUGUAGCCUCAUGAAUUCACAGAGAGAUACGGUGAGCUACAAGGCGUUUGGUGAGGUCCAAAUGAUUAAUGUAAUUAUUUCAGAUCUCCUUUUUGCUUUCUCAGGAAUUUCUUGGAUCUUUUUUCUCUUUAAUUGACUUUAAUGCCGUUUGUCAAUAAAACUAUCUGGAAAAAAGGGUACAAUUCA